AUGCACAGCUGCCUGACGCUGGUCGACUACACCUGGUGCGACCAGGACGACUCGGAGGGCAGUCCGAGUCCGAGUCCGAGUCCGGCCGAGCGAAUGAGGGCGUCGAGAGGGCGCAAGAGCAGCACCGGCGCGGGAUCUACCAAAUCGCCUUGCCGACGCAGCGUUGCCGGCCACCUGGCCCAGUUGAAACGGGUCAGCUCGAGUCUGUUGGAGGCGUGCGGCGAAGGUGGCGCGGCAGAGCCACGGGCCGAUGGGACUCGAACCAGCGCGGGUCCCCGGCGCCUGCUGCUCGCCUCCGACCCCGGCCUCUCGGCCGAGACCGACCUCGCGGGCCGCGGCCGCCGGACGCGGCAGACCGCGGCGCCAGACGCCGCCGCGUCUUCGGUCUCCGGCGCCGGGGUCGGACCUGGGGUCGGCGCCGGACCGGGUCAGGUACAGCGGAGCCGGACUUCGCCGGCGCUGUUGGCCAACCGGCAGCCGCCGAUCUACAGCGCCGUGAAGCGCAAUCCGCCCGACGAGGCGAGAGUCUGGAUGCCGGUCGGGCAUGUGCGCUACCUGCUGUCGAGGGACCCGAGCACCGGCGAGGCGCAGUGGACGUCCGACGCGGAUCCGCUCAUCUGUACGCCACGGUAG